AUGAGCGGAGGAGGCAACAUUAAGGUCGUUGUACGAUGUCGUCCGCUCAACUCAAGAGAACUCGCGCGAGGCGCGACAUGCUUAAUUAGGAUGGACGGAAAUCAGACGAUAUUAAGCAGACCUCCAGAUAUGAAAAUCGGGAAAGACACCGAAGAUCAGAAAGCAUUUACUUUUGACAAAUCAUAUUGGUCCGCCAAUAAAUCAGAUCCCGAUUACGCAGAUCAGCAAACAGUCUACAGUGACCUGGGCGUGGAGUUACUUAACCAUGCAUUUGACGGUUAUAAUUGUUGUAUUUUUGCAUAUGGUCAAACGGGUUCUGGCAAAUCCUAUUCCAUGAUGGGUUACGGUGAAGAUAAGGGUAUUAUUCCUCGAACGUGCUCCGAGUUAUUCAAUCGCAUUGCGCAAAAUCAAGACCCGAGUGUCACCUACCGCGUCGAAGUAUCCUACAUCGAAAUCUACAACGAGAAAGUUCGCGAUCUGCUGAAUCCAAAGAAUAAGGGAAAUCUAAAAGUUCGUGAACAUCCGAGCUUGGGUCCCUAUGUAGAAGAUCUUUCGCGACUUGUGGUGACCUCUUUUGAUGAUAUCAAUCACCUCAUGGAUGAAGGCAACAAGGCCAGAACCGUCGCUGCUACAAACAUGAACGAAACAUCUUCGCGAUCGCAUGCUGUUUUUACAUUGUUUCUUACCCAGAAACGUCUUGAUGAUUUGACCAAGCUCGAGACAGAAAAAGUCGCCAGAAUCAGUUUAGUGGAUUUAGCAGGAAGUGAACGCGCUAAUAGUACAGGUGCUACAGGUGCGCGGUUGAAAGAAGGAGCUAAUAUCAAUCGCUCCUUGACAACGCUCGGUAAAGUCAUUGCUGGUUUGGCCGAGCAAUCCAUGCAGGAAGGGAAAAAGGGCAAAAAAGCAAAGGACGUAUUCAUUCCUUAUCGUGACUCGAUCUUGACAUGGUUGUUGAAAGACUCCCUCGGUGGCAAUUCCAAGACGGCGAUGAUUGCAGCCAUUUCACCGGCAGACUAUGACGAAACACUCAGUACACUGCGUUAUGCCGAUCAGGCUAAAAAGAUUAAAAACAAGGCUGUGGUCAAUGAAGAUCCCAAUGCCAAGUUGAUUCGGCAUUUGAAAGACGAACUUGAGCUUUUGCGCGAACGCGCUCACACACCUUCGUCCAGCACGGUUCGGCAGCCAGCCGUAACGACUCAAGAUUUCGAAUUUACAGAUAGUACCGGCAAAACCAAGAAAAUGUCCAAGCAAGAGAUCGUCGAACAACUGCAGAGUUCUGAAAAGCUGCUUGCCAACUUGAACGAAACCUGGGAAGAAAAACUGAAAAGAACCGAGGAGAUCCAGAAGGAGCGUGAAAAAGCGCUCGCCGAAUUGGGGAUUGCUGUGCACAAGAACAAUGUCGGUAUUUACGCACCCAAGACUAUGCCUCAUCUGGUCAACUUGAACGAAGAUCCGCUCAUGUCCGAAUGCCUGAUGUAUCAAAUUAAACAAGGAAUUACCCGCGUUGGUCGGCAGGAAAGCCAAGUUCAGGCCGAUAUUCGUCUCAGUGGCACCAACAUUCAGGAUAAUCAUUGCUGGUUCGAAAACAUGAACGGCGCCGUCACCCUACAUCCCAACACGGAGUCGCUGACCAUGGUGAAUGGACGGCAGCUUACCGAACCUCGAAGACUGAAAAGCGGUUAUCGCAUUAUUUUGGGUGAUCAUCACAUCUUUCGCUUCAAUCACCCUGAAGAAGUUCGCCGAGAACGCGAUCUGCAAAAAGUGGCGGUGGAGCGAGCCAUGAGCAGUGCAUCGUUUUCUGCCGAUGAUGACGAACGUCCCGAUUCGCCCAGUGAACCGGGAACGCCAGUAGAAGUUAUGGAUUGGAAUUACGCUAUUUUGGAAGCGAUGCGCAAUCACUACGCUACGGAAGCCAAUAUUAGCGGUUUGGAAGACGAAAAGCUUGAAAAGUUGUACGACGAAAUCACACGCAUCCGUACAGCGCGACGUACGCGAUCCGAAAGCAGAACGGAUAACGAUGACGACGACGUAUCCACCAGGGACUCGCUUCGAAAUUCAUUCUCUGUCACCAUGCUUGAAGACGGGGCCGAGAGCGUUUAUACCGAAACCACAGCAGCGCACAGUGAACUGGAAGAAAAGCUCAAAGUCGAGAAAGAAAAGCUGCAGAAAAAACUGGAUAAUCAGAAACGAAUCUUUGAGGCACAGAUACACCGCAUGUCAAGACAAUUCUCACAGCAUCAGCAACAGGCACCGUCUGGCAAGCACAUCUCAGUGUACACGGAUGAACAACUCAGUUUGCUGCGGAAAGUAUGUCGCCAUUGGAAGUAUUUACGUUAUGCGGCAAUGGCCGAAACGAUCCUCAAAGAUGCCAUGAUGUUAAAAGAGGCCAACAUUAUCGCUCGUGAACUGGAAAAGGACGUGCUGUAUCAAUUUAUGGUGAUCGAAGAUGGGCAGUUUUCAAAACCACUCUCCAACUGGGAACCAACAUCGGCUCUGCACGCUUUUGAAACGGACGACGAUGCCACAUUGUUGGCGACCACGAAGCCUUGUGUCGGUGUUCGUGUCAUUGAUCGCAAACAUGAAGUCAUUUAUGUAUGGUCACUGGAAAAGAUGAAGCAACGGCUUUACAAGAUGCGCAAUCUCUACAACUUUAUCGACAGACCCAUGUAUAGAAAACAUUUCAACUGGGAAGACCCCUUUUUCGAAAGCCCAUGCCCAAAGUACACGUUUAUUGGAAGCGCCGCCAUCUGUAUGCGGAAUUUAGCUUUGCAACAACCGUAUGAAAGCAACGUCGAUAUCAUCUGUCGUUCAACGGGGCAAGUAAAAGGCGCCAUCCGUGUACUGGUUUCGCCCGUCGCCUGUUCCGUGGCCAUCAAAGGGCCAGAAGCAAGGCAGCCAUUAUCGGACGGUGAAUCAGACCAGUCGGCCGAUGAAUACAUCUCCCUGAAAAUAGGCCAGCAGCUACUUUUCGAAGUGCGUAUACACCAAAUUUCGGGUCUCAGUGAAGACCAUUAUACAGAUGUUCACACGCAAUUUCGACUGUCUUCGUUGGGCGCUGUUUCCAUUGGAUCAUCAAACGAGCGAGUUUGGGCCACGGAGCCUGUGCGCGGUUUCGGCAAAGGCCCGAUUGAACUCGACUACAGCCAAAUGAUUUCCAUAGUGAUCACACGCGACGUGCUGGAAGUUUUAUUACAUGACAUGAUACGCUUCGAAGUGUACGGCAUAUCCAAGCCGACAGUUUUAGCGCACUAUGAACGAUGGGACGAUCAGCAUGAGCAACCAAAGUUGGGCGAUUCCAUGCCUGCCAAUCAACCGUUGGUCAACGGUUUUGCGAAUGACCAAAUAUCGAUUCAUUCCAAACAAAGUGGGCAAGGAUCUUUAGAGCGACGAUCGGAGGAGGAAUUUCUGGCUGCUGAGCGCCACGAUAUUAUAGUAUGGAUCCAGCUUGAAGAAUUGGCCUUGAAUGGCAAUUAUACCCCUGUGCAAGCUGUGGUUCAUAAUCCUUUAGAUCGUGGUGUCUUUCCUUUACGGCAAGGGUUGCAACGUCGCAUCCGACUCGUAUUAUCCCAUACCUCUGGACAUCAACUGGAAUGGAGUCGAAUAUCCAAAAUUUCCAUUGGCCGUGUGCGACUUUUGGAUGGCAAAGGCCGAAUUAUCGAAUCCUCUGCCCAAGAACGUAUUCCCAUCAAGCUGCUUUCAAAUCAACAGGUGGUUUAUCAUACGGAUGGUACCAGCCAGCUAUCAACCCAGGGCGCUUGGGACAGCUCGCAACACGAGUGUCCUUUUUUGAAUCGAAUUACCGAGGCGAACGGUCGCAUCUUACUAAAUCUAGCAUGGUGGGUGGAAACGACGAAAUGUGACAAGCCGAUGCCGUUUAACAUGGAUAUUGCUGUGCAAAUCCACGGUCGUACUACUUCUGGAAAGUUCAGUUUCCGCAAGCUCUUGUAUCCCAACAAAAGAUUACCCAAAUGCACGGGUGUAUUCGUGGUGAACCUGCGUCCACCGAUGACAAAGCGCCUCAGUCAACUGUGGCGACUCAAUACGGCCGGCAAAUAUGUGCGAGGAGAAGAGUUUUUGGGGUCCUGGCGACCGCGCGGAGUCUCUCUUAUCAAUGACCAUAAACAGCUACAGCAACAACUUGCACGUAAAGAAGACGUGACCGCUACCAUACAGGUAUUGGCACUCGCCAACACCAACAGUGCCAUCAUACAGUCCAGUACCAAAGAUCCUCAAGCAUUAGCACGAAAAACACUGGAUCUCUGGACACGCCGUUAUGGCAUUUCUGAUGAGAUUGUUUUUAGUCAGGAUCCUCCGGUAGAAGUGCAAGAGAUACCCGUUCGAUCAGAAUACCAAUCGAGUGAUAAACUAUUGCCUGAUGUCAAGUUGGUAACACCAACCAACGAUGUGUCAAAGAAAGGCUAUUUGCUUUAUCAAAAGGACGCCCUGGAAGAUACCUGGGUUAAACGAUGGUUUGUCAUACGAAGACCCUACAUAUAUAUUUAUGCGGAUGCAUCGGAAACCGACAACCAAGGGAUUAUCAAUGUAUCGUCGGUACGAAUAGAUUAUAAUCGAGCAUUAGAGCAAAUGAUUCAGCGCACGCAUGUAUUUGCACUAUAUACCAGCAACAACGCAUAUACUCUUCAGACAAGCUCACGGGAGGAUAUGAUUGGAUGGAUUUCAAAAAUCGAUCAAAAGUUCCCCAUUGAGCGUCUGUAUGAGGAAGAAAUGAAUUCAUGA